CUAUCAAGGGUGAGCCCUGUUACCUGCCCACCGGAGGCAUCCAGUGCCACCACUCUUCAUAAGAAAGGCCUAGGGACACACAGGAGAGGAGGUAACGCGGGGCUGAUGUGAUCCCACCCCUCCAGUGCCAGAGGAGGGAUGGAUGGAGAACUUCACGCCACUGUCCUCGGGGCAAAAAAUGGUGUCCGAAACACACCGUAGCACCUGCCAGGCCUCCUGUCAGGAUACUUCAUUACGAAGCAGCAGGAAUUGACCCACAGAUGUGGCUUCCGCAGUGACUUUAAUGGAUGAAAUCAUGCUCCCCCAAGUGAAUGGAUGGGUGUCUUGCUUCUCUUUCCUCCUGUUAGGUACUUAUUCCAUGGCUGCGGCAAGAAAUGCAAAUACACUGCUAGAGCUGAGCCCCCAGGAGUAUUUCAGCAGCUUGCAGCCGGGAAGAGCAUCCCUGGUUUAUUUUAGUCGAGCCGUUUCUCCAGGUGUCCGUCUGUUUCUGGAACAGCUAGAGAACUCGGUUGGAGCUCUCCAAGACUAUGGGAUCUCUGUUGUGAAGGUUAAUUGUCUCAAAGAAGAUGUGUCAAGAUAUUGUGGGAAAGAAAAUGCCUUAAUGAAAGCUUACCUGUUCAGAGGUAACGUAUUGCUCAGAGAAUUCCCCACAGAUGCCCUGUUCGACGUGAAUGCCAUUGUAGCCAAUACCCUGUUUGCCCUCCUCUUUAAUGAAGUUAAAUAUAUUACAACGCUGGUGGAGCUUCAGAAUCUAGAAAAUUCUCUGAAGGGAAGAUCAAAUGUCGUCUUUGCCUAUGUGCCAGCAAUUGGAACACCAGAGCACAGAGCAGUAAUGGAAGCUGCUUUUGUAUAUGGUACUGCCCACCAGUUUGUUUUAACCACAGAGGCGGCGCUGGCGAAGGACAUUGGCCAUGAAGAUUCUGAUGCAUUGUCUGCUCGACUCUUCUUCUGCCACUGUCAGCGGGUCCCAGAUCUGACCCAGCCGUGUAGGAGGACUCCGAUGGGGCAAUCACUGACCACGCUGAACAUCCACACGUAUCUCAAACUGAUGGCAGCACCCAUUGUGACUGAAGUUGCUGAAGAUCCAGAAAAGGUUUCAACUGUUCACCUACAGCUCGGGCUGCCACUGGUAUUUAUUCUCAGUCAGAAGGAGACCUAUGAAGUUGAUAAGAGAACUGCUGAGUUUGUUGCAUGGCAGCUGCUGGGGAAAGCAGGAGUUGCCCUCUUGUCAAGGGACUCCGUAGAGCUGAACGUUCUUCUCCGGUCUAACGUAGCCCUCAAGACAGCAGAAGAGGGUGCGCCGAUCAAAUACCUGGUUUUGGAAGACACUGAUGAAAUAAUAGCCCUUGUGGAAGACAAGAUAAAGGGCGAACAGAUCCAGGAAGACGAGGAUGAAAGUGACAGUAAUGACCAGGACAUUCAAGAUGACCAGGUGAUGGAAGCGGUUUACAGAGACAGGAAGCGCGAACUCCCUUUGGAACUCAUCCGUACCCUGACAGAAGAAACUUUUAAUGCUGCUCUGACGGAGACUGCUCACAUGGUGGUACUAUUCUACGCCAGUUGGGAAGCGGUGUCUCUGGCGAUGUUGCAGUCGUAUGUAGAGGUGGCCAUUGCGUUAAAAGGAACCCAAGGAAUUUCGCUUGCCAAAGUAAACUGCUGGGACUGGCCUGAUGUCUGCAUGAAGCAGAAUGUCACCCAAUUUCCCAUUACCAAGAUGUAUGAGAAGGGAGCAAGAUCACUGACUUACGCUGGCAUGCUUGGAACAGCAGAGCUGCUCAGAUUCCUCAGGCUAAGCAGCAUUUCCUGCCCUGUGAAGCUGACCACCAUUGAAGAAGUAGACGAAUAUUUAAGUGGGGAAGUCCAUGCCGACUCGUUGUCAUACCACAGCACAUCAGUUCUGGGAAUAUUUCACCCUAGCAUGAAAGAAGCAAGGGAAGCUUUCGUCGAAGCAGGAAACGUGCUCAGGGGAUAUGUAACAACAGGACUGUAUGCUGAAGAUGAUGCGUUGGUUCUGGCCCAUAAAUAUGCCGUGCCUCUUCCAGCGCUGCUUCUAGCUAGGCAUGAAGAUCACAGAAUAGAUAGCGUCCCGCUAUCAAAACAGAGUGCACCGGACAUAGUUCAGACAAUCAGGUCCCAAUUACUGGAAACAUUUCCAGAAAUCACAGUGGAAAAUCUCCCUGACUAUUUGAGCCUGGAAAAACCCUUACUCGUUUUGUUCAACGAUGGAGGCCUAAAUCGAAGCAUGAGAAUGGAAAUGUUGAGUUUGGCGAAUGGAAAAGGCCACGAGGCGUUUCUCGCUUGCUGGAUGAACUUGAAAAACACUCCUGUCGGCAGAGGAGUCCUGAAGGCAUAUUUCAGCACUCCACCUCCUCUGCCCCUUCUUGCCUGGGUGAACCUUCAUUCCGGCGGUCAAGUAUUCGCAUUUCCUGCAGACCAACCCGUCACCGAAACGAACGUCUUGUCUUGGCUCGAGAAAUUAAAAGCCGGGCUCGAGAUUCCCAGCGCUACUUUGUCUGAUGAAGCCUGGAAGCCUCCUCUUCCUGCUUACAAUUUCUUACGCAUGAUGGAGGCCACCCUGCCUAAAUUCACAGUGCACACAGUUUAUAGUCGUGGUGGCACCGAUGAGCUGCAGCAGGCAGAAGAGGUCUCUGAAGAGAAGUCGACGGUCCGAGAGGAGCAGGUGGAAGAACCGGGGCUGGAAGCAGAGGAAGGCCAGUCGCCAGGGAGAGACUUGCGUGGCACGGUCCCAAGGCUCGCAGGAAGAGAGAAGCCGCCCAAGCGACACACAGAGCUGUGAUGGCCAACAAUCAGCAUACGGGUGCUAACGAAGGCCGUUAGAAGGGUGGCCAGGAUGUUUCACCCAUGCAGAUUCGAUGAUUAAAAUGGUCAUAGUGAUUCUUUAAAACCAAAA